UCGACCCAACGAAGCUCGAAAUGGUCAUAUCCGUUCCAUAAUUAAGAUGUCAAUCUGUACCUUCGAAGACGUGUUAUGUGGUGGCUCCAAAUUUGAGAAAGCUGGAGUCGGCCUGAUUCCUCGUGGAAGCCAACCACGACCUGAUUCAAAGGAGACUAUAACAAUGCUGUUUCGUGUUCAAGCUCCGAACAUUUACGACGUCAGGCCUACUCCUCAAGAGUUGCAUAGUCAAGCAGAGCGCUCGCUCGGUGAUGCUCUCGCGCGGGGAGAUGUGACCACGGCAAAGGGUUUUAUCAAUCCAUCGAACCCUUUGGGGUACGUGUUGACCAACGAGCAGCGCUUGGAAUUUUUGCAACAGUUGGAUGUCGACGCGUCCGACAUGAUGAAGACGCUGCUGAAAGACCCCAAUUGUUUUACUCCAAACAUAAACUCGAGAACAUUUUCCGAAUUCUGGGUCAUCUUGGACACGAGGCCGUUCAUCCGAGCGCUUAUAACCCUCGCAACGCUUUGUGAAGAAAUGGGGGAGUAUCAAUUGGCCUACGACUACGAUCUGCGCAUUUUGACGUAUAAUUUUCUCGAUAAUAAUGGUGUACGAACCAAUUUCAACCUCUUGCAGACCUUGCUCGGACGUGACCUGGAGGCCUACAACUUUUGCUGCCACCUUCUGGACGAACAUUUGGACUGGAAUAGCCAGGAAAGAAACUACAAGGGACAAGACUACCCAAGAAUCCGGUUUAACAGGUUCAAGAAAGAGGACAUUGACCCGCAAGAUCCUACGAUCUAUGGUAGCCCUCAAGACCUCUCACGCGCCGAUGCAUCUAUUUUCUUCACGGGUGCUCUCGUGUUAUUCAAGAUGUUUGGACCCUGCCCUAAGGCAACCUCAUGGCUUGCGACUGGUCACCGCAGGAACUCCCAUAUCCUUCCUAUCCUCCUGCACCCUGACGCCCCAUCUUAUCCCAAGAAGCGGAUGCUUUUUUCACGUGCGAAGGGAACCUAUAUAGAAGCCGUUGACUAUGUCACCUUUACCAAGAAACAGUUUUGUGCUCAGCAGGUCCAAGCUUGGCUCAGGCUCGCCAGCAGCUAUCUUCCGAGACGCCAAUGCGAUUCUCCAAGAUGCGGAAAAAUCGAAAAUUUUCUGGGAGAGUGGAGGAGAUGCACAGGUUGCUAUGAGACAUACUACUGCGGUAGCGAAUGUCAGAAAGAGCAUUGGAAGCUGCCCGGAGACCUGGGGCAUAAGAAACCGUGCAAAGAUAUCGCGAUGCUCAGACUGUUACCUUAG